AAGAGGGCAGCCUAACGAAUGGAAAAUCUUUGGAGUUAUUACCCAUCAUUCUCACGGCCCUUGUUACCAAAAAGGGCAGUCUGGCAUGUGGAAAAGAUGAACUGAGUGGGGAAGAAUCUAAGAAGCAGUUGAUCAGCACCCUCUGUUCUGGCAGAUGGGAUCAGCGAUACGUGAUUCAGCUCACCUCCAUGUUCAAGGAUGUGCCUCUGACUGCAGAAGAGAUGGAACUCGUGAUGGAAAAAGUGUUCAAGAUGUUCUCCAAGCUGAACCUGCAGGAAAUACCGCCUUUGGUCUAUCAGCUGCUGAUCUCUCCUCAAAGGGGAGCAGAAAGAGGGUUCUGGAAGGCAUCAUAGCGUUCUUCAACGAGCUAGAUAAGCAGCACAAAGAGGAACAGAGUGGUGACGAGCUCUUGGAUCUUAUUACCGUGCCGUCAGGUGAACUUCGUCACGUGGAAGGCACCGUUAUUCUCCACGUUGUGUUUGCCAUGACAUUGGACUGUGAACUAGGCAGAGAACUCCUGAAACACGUAAAGGCAGGACAGCAAGGAGAUUUCAGUAAUAAUUACAUAUGUCCCUUCAGCAUUGCCCUCCUGCUCUCUGUAGCAAGAAUACAAAGGUUUGAGGAGCAGGUGUUUGACCUUUUAAAGGCUUCAGUUUUUAAAAGCUUUAAGGAUCUUCAGCUUCUCCAAGGCUCAAAAUUUCUUCAGAAUCUAGUCCCUCAUCGGUCCUGUGUUUCAACCAUGAUCUUGGAAGUGGUAAAGAACAGUGUCCAUAGUUGGGAUCAUGUUACCCAGGGCCUGGUCCAGUUUGGUUUCAUUUUAAUGGAUUCAUAUGGGCCAAAGAAGAUUGUCGAUGGACAAGCUAUUGAAAGCAGCCCAGGUCUUUCUAGAACACCAAACCAGCAUGCAUGUAAGCUGGGAGGUGACAUCCUGUUGGAGACUUUUAAGAUCCAUGAGAUGAUCAGACAGGAAAUUCUGGAGCAGGUCCUCAACAGGGUUGUUACCAGAGCAUCCUCUCCCAUCAGCCAUUUCUUAGAACUGCUUUCAAACAUCAUCAUGUACUCGCCCUUAGUUCUUCAGAGCUGUUCUUCUAAAGUCACAGGGAGUUUUGACUAUCUGUCCUUUCUGCCCCUUCAAACUGUGCAGGGGCUGCUGAAGGCGGUGCAGCCCCUUCUCAAAGUGAGCAUGUCGAUGAGAGACUCCCUGAUACUGGUCCUCCGGAAAGCUAUGUUCGCCAGACAGCUUGAUGCCCGGAAGUCGGCGGUGGCUGGGUUUUUGCUGCUCCUGAAGAACUUCAAGGUCUUGGGCAGCCUGUCGUCCUCCCAGUGCAGCCAGGCCAUCGGCGUCAGCCAGGUCCACGUGGAUGUCCACAGUCGGUACAAUGCUGUGGCCAACGAGGCGUUCUGCCUGGAGAUCAUGGAUAGCUUGAGGAGGUGCCUGGGCCAGCAGGCUGACGUGCGGCUCAUGCUUUAUGAGGGGUUCUAUGAUGUCCUUCGAAGAAACUCUCAGCUGGCUAAUUCGAUCAUGCAGACUCUGCUGUCACAGCUGAAACAGUUCUACGAGCCCCAGUCCGAUGUGCUGCCUCCUCUGAAGUUAGAAGCUUGUAUUUUGACCCAAGGAGAUCAGAUCUCGCUACAGGAGCCACUGGACCAUCUGCUGUGCUGCAUUCAGCACUGCUUGGCCUGGUAUAAGAGUAAGGUGAUGCCCGCUCAGCAGGGAGAGGAGGAGGAGGAGGAAGAAGGGUUCUACCAAGAGUUAGAUGACAUGUUGGAGUCUCUUACCAAGAGAAUGAUCAAGAGUGAACUAGAGGACUUUGAACUGGAUAAAUCAGCAGAUUUUUCUCAGAGCACUGGUAUCGGCAUCAAAAAUAACAUCUGUGCUUCUCUUGUGAUGGGAGUUUGUGAGGUUCUAAUGGAAUAUAAUUUCUCCAUCAGUAAUUUCAGCAAGAACAAGUUCGAGGACAUCCUGAGCUUAUUUAUGUGUUACAAGAAGCUCUCUGACAUCCUGACCGAGAAAGCUGGCAAAGGCAAAACCAAAGCGGCCAACAAAACCAACGACAGCUUUCUGUCCCUGAAGUUUGUGUCUGAUCUCCUCACCGCCCUUUUCAGGGACAGCACCCAAAGCCACGAGGAGAGUCUGUCCGUGCUGCGGUCCAGCAAUGAGUUCAUGCGCUACGCCGUGGGCGUGGCCCUGCGGAAGGUGCAGCAGCUGAAGGAGACGGGGCACGUGAGCGGCCCCGAUGGGCAAAACCCAGACAAGAUCUUUCAGAACCUCUGUGACAUAACCCGGGUCUUGCUCUGGAGAUACACGUCCAUUCCGACGUCCGUGGAGGAGCCGGGGAAGAAGGAGAAGGGGAAGAGCAUCUCGCUGCUGUGCUUGGAGGGCUUGCAGAGGAUCUUCAGCGCCGUGCAGCACUUCUUCCAGCCCCGGGUGCCCCAGUUCCUCCGCGCGCUGGAUGUCCCGGAUAAUGAGGAAGAGGUGGAAGUCACGGUCACCCAGAGGGCAGCGUUCCAGAUCCGGCAGUUCCAGAGGUCCUUGUUGAACUUACUUAGCAGCCAAGAGGAGGAAUUUAACAGCAAGGAAGCCCUGCUCCUCGUCAGCGUCCUCACCAGCUUGGCCAGGCUGCUGGAGCCCACCUCCCCUCAGUUUGUGCAGAUGUUAUCCUGGACAUCCAAGAUCUGCAAGGAAAACAGCCGGGAGGAUGCCUUGUUUUGCAAGGGCGCGAUGAACUUGCUCUUCAGCCUCCACGUCGCGCAUAAGAGCCCUGUCGCCCUGCUGCGUGACCUGUCCCAGGACAUCCACGGGCACCUUGGGGACAUAGACGAGGAUGUGGAGGUGGAGAAAACAAACCACUAUGCGGUGGUGAAUUUGCGAACAGCGGCCCCUACCGUCUGUCUGCUGGUUCUGAGUCAGGCCGAGAAGGUCCUGGAAGAAGUGGACUGGCUGAUCACCAAGCUUAAGGGACAAGUGAGCCAAGAAACCGUGUCAGAAGAGGCCUCUUCCCAGGCAGCCCUCCCGAACCACCCCGUGGAGAAAGCCGUCAUCAUGCAGCUGGGCACGCUGCUCACCUUCUUCCACGAGCUGGUGCAGACCGCCCUGCCCUCGGGCAGCUGCGUGGACACCCUGCUAAGGGACCUGUGCAAGAUGUACACCAUUCUCACCGCACUUGUCAAGUAUUAUAUCCAGGUGUGUCGGAGCGCCAGAGGAAUUCCAAAGAUUAUGGAGAAGCUGGUGAAGCUGUCGGGUUCUCACCUGACCCCUGUGUGCUAUUCCUUCAUUUCUUACGUGCAG